CCGCCAGCGGCGUGACAAGCAGAGGGCAGCGAACGCGAGACGGGCGCGAGGGCAUUCAUUGCAGACACAGGGCGUUCCCUAGAGCGCACACGAGUGUGGAACUUUGUGAUCAAUAUCGUUUGUAAGAAAUGUCUUGGCUGUUCGGUUCAGCCAACAGGAGGACGCCCACGGGGCAAUCCGAUAUUAGAGCAGCCAGAGAUCGACAGAUCAGCAACUUGAAAGCGAGAGUGCCUGGACUACAGCUCAAGUCCACCGACAAUUCUCUCAACGAGGUCCAGAUAACAGCUCCAGAUGGAGCAAAGGUGGUCUUACGCGUUUUUCUUCCAACGAAGUUCCCUUCGGAUCGACCGGUGCUGCAGCUUUUGUCUCCGGUGACGCACCCGUGGGUAAACACAUACAUGCAGGUUGUGGGGCAUCCCGAUCUACACGGAUGGGAUGGUACCAAUCCACCCCUAAUAGGAGACAUCGUUGCAGCAGUCAUCCAAGAGUUUGGUCGUUCCAAUGGAGGCGUCACAACGUCUGGGCGUGAUCAAGCCUCUACAGUAUGGGGAGGGCCGAUCGCUGAACAACCUUCAGGGUUUUCAGGAGCUCCACCAGCCGCGGGAGCAUUCGGUCUGGGCAAUCCACCUGUUUGCCAUCCUGCCAGCGGCGCAACAGGAGGUGCGGCAAGUGCCAAGGGAUACACAAACAUGGCUAGUACGGCCCAAAGGACAGGGGGCGAAUUGCAGACCAGGAGAAGGAGACCACCUGUGCACCACACGCCAAUCCCUGAUAUUCCCGACACGUUUAGCGAGCUGCAAGGUUUGUCCACCGAGAAACUCAACCGUCUUCUUGGCGAUGAAAGUGCUCGCCAGGCGCUGCUUCUCGGAAUGACGAACGUCAUGCGGAUGAAGGAUCUAAGGACUGACGUGCUCAAGGGCAAUGUUGAGACAGCGCGAUUAACUGUAGCAAAGCAAGACGCGGCUAGUGUCCUCAGGGAAGAAGGCGAGAAGAUAAAGGCAGAGCUGAAGGCCUUGCAAACAUCCUACGAAGAUAAGGCCCGUGGAGGCGGCAAAAACAUGGGCGGUACAGCUGACCAAAUGAUUCUGAAGCGAGUCAAGCAUGCUUCCAAAAUGGCCGACACCAGCUCUGAGCGAGUGGCCACGGACUUCUUGGAGAAACGUGUCCCAACUCAAGACUUCCUCGACGAGUUUUUAAAGGAGCGACAGCGGUAUCAUAUGCUCGCUGCCAAGAUUGAGUGCAUGAAGAGAGACAUUCGCUUUUAGACGCUUCGUGUGCACAGCAGUACUCUACUGUCGUGUCUGGUUCCAGUGUUAUUAUUUUGCGAGCCUGAUAUGGGUGGCAUUCGUCUGUAUACACUAUUUGAAACAUUGGUUCCAGAGGCGUGUGCUGCAACAGAUGGUGGGUCGGCUAGAAGCAGGAAGGGAAGAACACUAGUUCCGGAUGAUCCCACCACCAUAAACUUGCCGAGAAGCAGAGUUCAAUGUGUGCAAUGAAAUUUUUUUGGCUGUUCGCGCCACUGCCGCGCAUGGAGCGUACCCAACACAAAAGGUUGAGCUGUAGUAGCUUUCCCCUCAGUACAUUGAGCUCCUUGAAGCGGAAAAAAUGCUGAGGAUAGUUCAACUGCUCUCGUCACGGUACUGAAAUCGACCCAAACCGACCCAAUCGAUAUUAGCCGUACUAGACACGCCUGAAAUCAGCCAUGACCUAGGACCAUGAGCCUCCCCCCGUGGCCUCGGGGGCCCGGUUGAUUCACCUUGUUGGUUCCCAAGCUCUCUUAAAUUUCUGUCA